UCGUCGCCCGUUCCUCCGGUGUGCGCUCCCGGUGCGGCUGGCGCUUUUAUCGGCGCGCCUCGCCUCCCUUCUGCUCCUUCACAUCUUCUUCUUCUCCUUCUUCUUCUUCUUGUUCACAUCCGCCCGGAUCCGCUCCUCUUCCUCUCCAUCUCGCUUCCAGAGGGAGGAGAGGGCGAAGCGACAGACGCCGACGGAGGAGCGGAGCGGAGCGGAGAGGAACGAUCGGGGGGGAAAGGCUCGGUGCGAGCUGGUGGACCGUCCCCAGGGGAAGAGUGUACCGCCUGGCCUUUAACUCACACUACCCUCCCAGGCCUCACCUCUCCUUCACCCCCUCAUCCUGGGAUCUUUACAGUACUCCUCUCUGCCGCCUUGCUCUUGACCGCUCGACACCGAAGCACUUCCAUCUCUACUCCUGUUGACCCCCCAGGUCCUCCUGCUUGUUCUUUUUUUGACUCCCCCCUGGGGUGCUGAGGCCAUGGCGGUGCCCUCAGCCCACGAGUUUCACUGGCAGAGCCUGGCACGGCUGCCCAGUGGUCGCGUCUACCACACACUGUCGGAGGUGGGGGGUCAGAUGUACAUGCUGGGGGGCUGUGAUGCUGCCGGGAGGCCCUGCCCGACCCUGGAGCUCUACUCCCCUGAGGGAGACCGCUGGAUAAGCCUGCCCCCGAUGCCCACCCCUCGUGCCGGGGCUGCGGUGGCGGUCCUGGGGAAGCAGAUCCUGGUGGUUGGAGGAGUCGGAGAGGACCAGAGCCCACUGAAAGUGGUGGAGAUGUACAACACAGAAGAAGGGAGGUGGAAGAAGAGGAGUGCUCUGCGGGAGGCACUGAUGGGUGUUGCUGUCACUGUGAAAGAUGGCCGGGCUCUGGCGGUGGGGGGAAUGGGUGCUGACCUGCUCCCCCGAAGUGUCCUGCAGCAGUACGACCUUCGAAAGGACGUCUGGGCGCAGCUGCCCCCCAUGCCAACCCCUCGCUACGACGCCACCACACAUCUGCUGGGCAACAAGAUCUACGUCGCAGGGGGCCGUCACUGCAAGCGGCCGGUGAAGGCCUUCGAGCUGUACGACUCAGAGACACGCGCUUGGGCCGCGCUCCCCAUGAUGCCGUGCAAACGUUCGUACGCCGGCGUGGUGUGGGACGGCGCCGGGAGGCUGUGUCUGCUGGGGGGUCUGCGUCACGGCGGGGGACACCAGAGCUCCAAAUUCACCAAGAACGUCAACAUUUUUGACACGAACCAAGGUGUUUGGCUGAAGUCGGAGGAGACGGUGGCGAUGAAAACAAAGAGAGCUGACUUCGCCGCUGCUUUCCUCCGCGGCCGGAUGAUAGUGGCGGGAGGUUUGGGUCAUGAGCCCUCAGCUCUGGAUACCGUGGAGGCCUUCCAUCCUCAGAGGAAGAAGUGGGAGAGACUGGCUCCCAUGUCCGUCCCCCGAUGCUCUGCCUCCUCCAUUGUCAUCAGAGAUCGCCUCCUGGUGGUGGGAGGAGUCAACCAGGUUCCCAGCUCGGCCCAUGAGAUCCUGUAUGUGAAGGAAGAGGAGUAUCUGUAGUAUCUGCAGCGAUUUCCACCAGAUUGAAAUCAGAGAUCAGUGAUUCCAGUGAUUUUGUAUUUUCUCUACAACAAUCAGACCGUAGUGCAAUAUGUAGAAGACGGAGGGAUGGAGUGUGAGUAAUGUCCCUUAUAGUGCAGUGUAAUGUAAUAGAAAACACUGCCCCCUGCUGGGCAUUGAUGACACUGAUACUACACACACACACACACACAUACACAAACACACACACACACACACAUACAUGCACAUACACUCGUGCAAUGGAGGAGCUGGCUCUUUCUUUACAUUUCUUGAUAUUUUUAGUAUGUUGCACUUCUGCAUUGUACGUUGUAGUGCAUAUUUGGAGAGGAAAACAUUUUGUAGCUUUUAUGUCUAGUACUGAAGACGAAAAAAAAAAGACCUCUGUUAUCACAUACUGCUGCAUAUGCAUUUCAUGUUGUUUGGUUUUGUUUGUUUCUUUUUUUUUUACAUUUAACGGAGCAUUUGUAGCGUGCUGUGGAGCUGACUGCAGGGCAUGCGUAGGAAAAGAAAGGUACUAGUAGCUGGGUUAGUAAAUGACACUGUAACAACAUUUGCACUAAGGCAGUCAGCAGGAUUGGGUUGAAUUUACCAUCAGUAAUAUCUAAUGUAAUGUAUAACAGUGCUAUACUGAGAAUGCUAUGAUAUCACACUUCUGCAUAUUUCCAUAGAUUUUGAUUUAGAGACUAGCCGAGAUCAAAUGCUGUAUAUUAAAUUACAACAUGAUGUUUGUUAAAUCUGCACUCGUCUGCUUUUCUAGGCAAAGAAAAGGACGCAGUUGGACUCGCACUGAUUGUUCACCUUCUAUAACUGCAGCAAUACAGUUUCUUUUCUUUUUUUCAGUGCUGUCCAUUUGUAAACGACAUACUGUACGACAAUGAUAAUAAUAAUUGGUUCAACUUCAUUUUAAUUUAAUAGCACUAUUCUCAGGUUGUGAAUGCACAGAAUUAUUAUUCGUUUGUUUGUGUGACUUUGGAGAUAUUCUACUGACUAUUUGCUGUCCUCGUGGCCUAAAAACCAAAAAUAUUGUCUAUUUGGUUCCCGGCCGUUUGUUUACAGAUUGAUGUGACUGAUCUCUUACUUUUCAGCAUGUUGAGAGUUCAUAUCUUCUGGAUCUUUUAUUUUUCGUCCCUGCAGUGUCCUUCACUCUAAUAUGUAAUAUGAUGUUGAGGAUAUGAGCCAUGGUAUGGAUUAAAUGUAAUCUGUAAUUUG